GAGAUCAGAUAUUUUCUAAACUGCCUCAAAAAUUAAUAAUCUUACACGACAAUACUUUUGGGUUGCUUAACCCACUUUCUUUUGGCAAUGUUAACGCACUUUAAUUCAAAUGCUCUUUCUUAUUUAUUUAUUCAUUUUAUUUUAAUUUCCCCUCUUUCGUCUCAAGUCCCAAGUGAAGUCCAUUCUUUGUCUUUUCUUCCCCCCUUUUUCCCCCAUUUCACCACCCCCACACUGCAUUCCUCUGUCAAAACCCUAGAUUUUCAAAUCUAGGGUUUUGUUUUCUUAACUUGUUACGGUUAUGGUUAUGGUUCUGGUUCAGGAACUGAACUCCCACCCUUGCUAAUUUCACUUUUCUCUUCUCAAUCUUAGCCUCUGGUUUUUCUACAUUUUCCCUCCCUCGCUAACCUCUGCCAUGGGAUUUUCAAUGCUGAUUUUGUUUCACCUCUAAAGCCACUCCCUCUCUUAUUUUCUUCAACCUUUUGGCAUUCGCAACUCAUCUUCUUUGUGGUGUUUCUAGGUAAACGAGACCCUUGUACGUGCAUUCACUUGACAAAAUCUCCGAGCUUGUUACUUGAAUAUCUGGAGCUAGCUUCUGGGCUUUAGAUCCUCUUCUUUCUUCUUUGCAUUAGGGUUAAAGAUCUAUUUUUUCCAUCAUUGUGAAAGCUAUUUGCUUUUGACUAGUAGAAGGGUACCUAGCUAAACCCCUGUUUUUACAUCUUCACUAGUUUCAUAGUUUAAGAAGUUAGUAGCACCAGUGAAAGGGUUUGAAGUUGAGGAGGAAAAAUUAUCACAAUUGACAAACCUGUUAGUAAAUGCAUGGAUGGGAGAGAAGGCAUGGCAUUUCCUGGUGGCUCUGCUCCAUAUUACAUGCAGCAUAGAGGAGGAGGGGUUGGUGGGUCUGUUCCAGGAACCGGGACACAGAGUGGAGGGUUUCAACCACCCUCUGGCUUUAGAGCUUUGUCAAAUGUCUCUCCAGGUUCUGCAUUUAAAGUAGAGUCUCAGCCUCAACAUGCUAGUUUUAGUCAUGGCAUUAACACAGGUUCCUCUCCUGAUGGUGGAAGUGGAGUGCCUUCUUCUGGUGAGCCUGUGAAGAAGAAAAGAGGGAGGCCUAGGAAGUAUGGCCCUGAUGGAUCUGUUUCCUUGAUGCUCUCUCCCAUGUCUGCCACUGCUAAUUCCACCCCGGGAUCGGGCACUUCUUCGGAGAAACGACCCAGGGGGCGCCCACCUGGAAGUGGAAGGAAGCAACAGCUUGCCACUCUAGGUGAAUGGAUGAACAAUUCUGCAGGACUGGCCUUUUCACCUCAUGUUAUCACCGUUGGAGUUGGGGAGGACAUUGUAGCAAAGUUAUUGUCAUUUGCAAGGCAGAGACCAAGGGCUGUGUGCAUCUUAACAGGAACUGGGACAAUUUCUUCAGUCACUCUGCGCCAACCCGCUUCUACUAGCAUCAGUGUUACAUAUGAGGGCCGAUUUCAAAUAUUAUGCUUGUCUGGUUCUUACUUGGUUGCUGAAGAAGGUGGACCUCACAAUAGAACGGGUGGCAUGAGUGUUUCCCUUUCUAGUCCUGAUGGUCAUAUCAUUGGUGGUGGUGUUACUAGGCUUGUUGCUGCAAGCCCAGUGCAGGUGGUAGCAUGCAGUUUCGUAUAUGGGGGCUCCAAGCCAAAGACUAAAGAAGUGACCACUACCACUACUACUACAAAAGAUAGCAGUUCAGAGCCUCAGAGUAGUGAUAAGUUAGCGUCUCCAGCCAGUGCUCCUCCACCUAAUCAAAACUACACCUCUUCUUCUCCGUCCCCAGGCAUUUGGCCUGCAUCGUCAAGGCCAGUAGAGGUUAAAAGUGCACAUCCACAUACUGGUAUUGACUUGACGCGUGGGUGAAGACCAUUUAUUAUUCUAUAAGAGACUUUGUAGUUUUGUAUAGAGAUCUCUUGUAAAUGAACCGAAUUUGUGAGCAUUGUGACUCUUCGUAUCUAUCACUGUUGAUGGGUGACAAGUUCGCGCUAACCUAUGCUGUAACCAAUGGAUUUCAGGGUUAAUUAACAGUCUUGACUUUGCAAAAAAUGUUUGAUGAAAAAAUGAAAGGCAAAAUGUGAAGAUUAAAAAAGUGGGAA